AUGUCCUCCGAUAGGGAAUCCCUCGGGUCCGCCGGUUCUGGAGAGAAGGAUGUGGAGAAAGGUUACAAGGACUCUGCGCGCGCAGAUGUGCACACCGUAGACGAAGCCGAGAAAGCGCGUCGGCUUGCGGACGCAUUCGCGCCUCUGCGCUGGUUGACGCGCGGUGAGCAGUGGAUGGACAAGAAGCUCGGUGUCGAGUCGUUGGGCAUCGACCGCGUGAAGGAGGAAGAUAAGCAACCGCCUUCGUUGUUCAAUACGUUCUGGCUCUGGUGGUCUAUGACUUGCCAUGUCGGCACCAUCCCUCUUGGUAUUCUGGGUCCCGAGUUCGGCCUCACAUUCGGGCAGUCAUGUUCUGCGAUCGUCGUCGGCUCUUUCCUGGGUGCAAUGUGCACGGCAUUCACGGGUACCUUGGGCCCCAAGACUGGACUUCGCCAAAUCGCGACUAGUCGGUACUCCUUUGGGUUCUGGGGCGCUAAACUGUGCUCUAUCUUGAAUAUUGUCGUCGGCGGAGGCUUCGCUGUGGUCAACAUUGUCACUACGGGUCAGAUCUUAUCAGCGGUCUCCGACUACACUAUGACCAUAUCCGUCGGCUGUGUGAUCGUAGCAAUCAUCUCAUACGUCGUUUCAAUCUUCGGUUUCAGGAUGAUCCACACGUUCGAGAAGUACAGCUGGAUCGUGUCAUUCAUCCUCAUCUGCGUUCUCUAUGGUCAAGCGGCGCCGCAUAUACACCCCACGGCACCCGGUAGUGACGCUGGACUGGUGUUUUCCGGCCAAUGGCUCUCGUUCAUGGCCAUCUGCUUCUCCAGUUCCUCGGGCUGGUGUAGCAUCACGUCGGAUUACUACUGCCAAUAUCCUGCGGCGACUAAGCCCUGGAAGGUCUUCUUCCUCACUCUGUUCGGAGUGACACUGCCCACGGUCUUCGCCACCAUCGCCGGCGCUGCUAUCGGCAAUGCUGCACUCACGGUGGCGUACCCUCCCUACGCCGAGGCUUAUGAAGAUCAUGGUCUCGGCGGUCUUCUCCGUGCGGUCUACCACCCGAAUGGAUGGUCCAAGUUCUGCCUUGUCAUCCUCACCUUCUCCGUCAUCGGCAACAACAUCGCCAUCAACUACUCAAAUGGUCUCUCUCUACAACUGCUUGGGCACGUCUUCCACGCCGUCCCUCGCUUUGUCUGGUCGUUCCUCAAUGCGCUUGUCAUCGCUGUUCUCGCCAUUGCGGGCAAGGAUUCGCUCUCGGCGGUUGUCAACGACUUCGUAUCUAUGCUUGGAUACUGGACGAUCUCAUUCACUCUGAUUCUACUCAUCGAGGACAAGUACUUCCGCCGCAAAGAUGGCUACGACCUCAACAUGUGGGACAAUCCGGCCGGGCUCCCCGUUGGUAUCGCUGCUGUUACGAGUCUUCUUGCGGGCUACCUUGCUGGAGGCGUCCCGGGCAUGGCGCAGGUUUGGUAUAUCGGUCCCAUUGCGGCGAAGUUUGGCGAGUUCGGCGGCGACGUCGGAAUCUUCAUGUCUGGCGCGAUCACUCUCGUAUGCUACCCGCCCUUGCGAUACCUGGAGAAGAAGCAUUUCGGCCGGUAG